GCCGUUGAUGCGGCGGGUGUUGCGGUCGCUUCCUCAGGCGCAGGCGCCGUAUACUUAACUCGCCCAGCGUCUCAGCUGGCUGUGUAUUCGUUAUGGCGACCCAGCAGCGGCCCUUCCACCUGGUAGUGUUCGGCGCCUCUGGCUUUACCGGCCAGUUCGUGACCGAAGAGGUGGCCCGGGAGCAGGCUGUCUCAGAACGGAGCUCCCGACUGCCCUGGGCCGUGGCGGGUCGUUCCCGGGAGAAACUGCAGCAAGUGCUGGAGAAGGCUGCUCUGAAACUGGGACGACCAACACUAUCGUCUGAAGUUGGAAUAAUAAUUUGUGAUAUCAGUAAUCCAGCCUCACUUGAUGAAAUGGCUAAACAGGCAACAGUUGUCCUCAAUUGUGUAGGACCAUAUCGAUUUUAUGGAGAACCUGUAGUAAAAGCAUGUGUUGAAAAUGGUACUAGCUAUAUCGACAUCUGUGGAGAACCUCAGUUUCUGGAACUAAUGUAUUGGAAGUAUCAUGAGAAAGCUGCAGAUAAGGGGGCUUAUAUCAUUGGAAGCAGCGGCUUUGACUCCAUUCCAGCAGAUCUGGGAGUAUUAUAUACCAGAAAUAAAAUGAACGGUACUCUGACAGCUGUGGAAAGUUUCCUGAGUAUAAAUUCAGGACCUGAGGGAUUGUGCAUUCAUGAUGGUACCUGGAAGUCAGCAGUUUAUGGUUUUGCAGAGUCAGAGUAAUUGAGAAAACUACGAAAAGAAGCAAACCUGAAGCCUGUUCCAUUCAUUGGUCCAAAAUUGAAAAGAAGGUGGCCAAUUUCUUACUGUAGAGAACUCAACACAUAUACCAUUCCUUUCUUGGGAGCUGAUGUAUCUGUUGUGAAACGAACUCAGCGCUACUUGCAUGAAAAUUUAGAGGAGUCACCAGUUCAAUAUGCUGCUUAUCUCAAUCUGGGAGGCAUCACCUCUGUUAUUAAGCUGAUGUUUGCAGGACUUUUCUUUUUGUUGUUGGGGAAGUUUAGCACUGGAAGGCAACUUCUCAUAAAAUUCCCAUGGCUCUUCUCCUUUGGUUAUUUUUCAAAACAAGGCCCAACGCAAAAACAGAUUGAUGCCUCAUCAUUUACAAUGAUGUUCUUUGGUCAAGGAUAUAGCCAAGGCCUUUGUACUGAUAAGAGCAAACCCAAUAUUAGAAUCUGUACUCAGGUGAAAGGACCAGAGGUUGCCUAUGUAGCUACCUCCAUAGCUAUGGUGCAGGCAGCCAUGACGCUUCUGAAUGAUGCCUCUGAUCUUCCUAAGGUGGGUGGGGUCUUCACACCUGCAGCAGUCUUCUCCAGAACGAAGUUGACUGACAGACUCAACGAACGUGGCAUUGAAUUUAGUGUUAUUAGCAGUUCUGAAGUCUAAAAUUUGAAGAAUUAACCAGUCAUAAAACGCAUGAAUUAGCAGCUUCUGUAUUUGAUAUUUGAAAUUCUUCUAUAAUCCUGCCUGACUAUAUGUGGAAAAGAUUGUGAAAUCUGAAAUAGCUACAAAUUAAAAGCAGGACAUUUAAUAUAUAAUAGCUUACCCUAACUCAAAUCGCAGCUGAUCUUGUGAUUUUAUUGCUUUGGAGAGAGAGCUAAUAUUUGACUUACUUUUUCAUUGAAGAAUUAAUGAUAAGUUUUUAUAAAUGAGCUGGCAGAUCAGAUGGUAGAGUAAGUAUCCCUGUCUGCGUUGCUAACAGCAAUUCCUCAAUGAGGGUACCCUGGGCUGGCAUUUGUUGAGGGCAGUAACUGCUACUUUCCUUGUCAUGAUGUUGAAUGGAAUCACAUUAAAAUGGAAACCAGUGAGUUUCUCUACAUGUCGUGUGGGUCUUUGCUAAACGAAACUGUACUUUUUGGCAUCUUGGCCAAGUUUUUCACCUGUCUACACUGACUGAUUUCGGACUGCUACGUAAGUUAAAUAAUAAAGGAUUGUCAGUUGAA